AUCUAAGAUCUAGAAACAAAGAAAGGGAGAAGCGAGCUCGCGAGCUCGGGAGUCGGGAGUUCAAUCUUGGCAUUAUUCCUUGAGGCGGCGCUGCACCAGCACCUCCUUGGCCGGCCGGCAUGCAAAUUGGACUUUGCCCAUGGUCACCCCUGCCAGAAGGCGCAGCACUGUCCUUCAUCGACGGGGGCACAGCAAGAGCCGACAACUUCCACUGCUGUACGCAGUCUGCAGUCUGUCCCUCAACACGCGCCGAACCAGAAGGCCCGUUUCGCUCAUUUCUUCAUUUUCGUGCUCUCUGAUUGGCCUGCUUUGCCACGAAGUAUUCGCUUCCCAGUCCGCUUUAGGAAAAGAAGAGGUUAUCUCAGAGUCAACGCUCCGUUCGUUGUCGUCAUUCGCAGCUCCGGGGAUCGUGUGUUGUGGGGACUGGCAAUGCUUGUUUUUCUCAAGCUAGACUGUAGUUGAACACACACUUCGUAUUUGCCCAGCUGGUAUCAUGCGAAGGCGGCCAUACGCCAGUGCUGACAUCGUACCGCUGGCCU